UAAAUUUUGAUUAACGAUUUUGAUAACGCGUACCAAUUAUCUAAACUUGAAAAAAAAAAUCAAAUUCAGCUAUGAUUAGUCGAAUCACAUCAAUGGUGUAUAAGUGGGGCAAACAAUGGCUGAACAUUCAAUUGAUAAUGACAACUUGACAAGUGUGAACGACCUACAAGGCUUCCUGUUGAAAAGUUUCUAUGUGGCGAAAAGUUAUGAAUGAAAAAGUAUUAGCUUGUGUUGUGAUGGAUGCAUAUUUGGUUGAAAAUAAUAAACAACGCGUUGUGCUGCCAUAGUGUGUUAUGAAGGAUAGCGUAUCGUAAAAAGGUGUCCUUGGAUAAGUUUUCUUUUAUAUUGCAACGAUAAAAAAAACAUCAUGAAGGCGGACAACAGAGAUGGAAACUCUACUGCGACAACUGUGUAUAGAAUACUACAGAGUCCGGCGCCGAUCUGUAUGUUCUACUUCGCCCAUCCAUUUGGGAUCUCUUCACCGGCGGCCACUACUACUGCGUCCACUUCGGCCAAGGCGUCAAUCCCUUCGAAAGCACCCAAAGCCGAACAAAGUCGCAAACCGGUCCCAUUGCCAGCGCCAAAAUAUGAACGUCAACCGUCUAGGACGGAAAUAGUUCGACAAAGGGCCGAUUCUCGGGACGAACCGACGAAACAGAAUUGCAUGGCAGUGCGCUAUGAUAAACCGCCGCCAAAGACGCCCGCAGCUGCCAAGUCCACGGCGGGAAAUCGCGCCAAGUUGAAAAAGUCCAAAAAUAGUAAUAAUGGAGGGACUCCCGGCAAGAAAACGCCGGUGCCGAAUGGUGGCCAUCGGGUAAGUCGAACUCCGCUGACAGUGAAACCGCACGCCAAGACGCCCAAACGGCCAAAUGCAAUCGAGCUUGACAAGCGGCUGACACCGUUGACGCCUUGGCCCAGCACCAUUUGGAACAGGGACUUCUUGAUUCCGCCGCUGUUGCAAGUGCUCGCGAAACAGCACGGUCGCAAAAUACCUGACAUCGAGCAAAUUUUGCGCACCGUUCGCUCCGCCUGGAAUACUCCGAAAUCUCAGCGAUCACUUUCACAAAGCCAAGACAGUCGCGACUCAUCCUCGUCCAACUGGGACCUAUCGAGCACGUGCGAUAGCUACUACUGUGACCAGGGACGCCGCCACAGGAUGGGUGCCGGGACAUAUGCCACCGUGAUGGGCUCUGGUCCGGGACUGUUCCGGAGGCGAUAUUCCGUGCCGGAAAUCAUCAUGAGGAAACAUACCCUAUCCCAGCAAAAGUCUUACGACGAGCCGCCGCACGAUACCAACCACAACAACAUCGUGCUGACCAACAAAAACUUCUACCCUUCGCCCUCCCCCAAACAUCAUCAGCAGCAACAACAGCAACCCCAAAUUCAGCAGAAGGGUGGCGUCGGUGGGCCAAUGACACGCUCCCAAAGCAAGGCAUCCCCAAUCCUGCAGCGCAAACAUCAGCCACCACAGCAGUCGCCGGUUCUAGUUCACCGGAAAUCGAUUACGAGGGCGGGUAGCAGCGUGGAGAGCGGAUGCGGAAGCGGGGAGUUCAACACGCUGGCUUCAACCGGCUCGGAGUCCAAUCUGGCCGUUUUGAAGCGCCAGCCGUCCUCGCCAGGUGGUAUUAGUCGUAGCCAAAAGUGUAGUAGUGUCAAUGGUAUUAAUAGCAAUGGUAACAAUAAUAACAACUAUAUUGUUGGUCAUCCUGUCGGUAUCAGCGUUGGGGUCAGUGGGUUGGGUGGCGCAGGUGUCCCGGGCGUGGGUGGUGGUGGGGGAGACUAUUCGAUGAGAAAAUCGACCCUUCUGCGGCGGAUGUGGAGUAAAGAAAUGAGACGGUACGACCGGUCUGGCAGUUGGUCACCACCGCUAAGACGGACACCACGUCGAAUCUACAGCAUUGAAAAUAUCCUUCCACCGGAGGGUGGACUCAGCGGUGGUGGUAGUGUUAGUAGCGACGGAAGUUGUGUCACAACCACGGCAACCUCGUGUAAGGAAUGUGCGAAGCUGGAAAGUCAGUACAAUAUUAACGCUAGAGGUGGCAAGUUGUCUGCUAAUGAGUCGCCGAAAAGGUUGAGACUCACGGGUUCAUUGAAUAAUAUUAACCUUCAGAAGGGCGACAGCGUAGAAGCUUUGAGUCGAACCAGCACACCUAACAAUCGAAACCAGAUAUCCAGUGAGGGCCUGGUGGAUGACAGUGCGAGUGUGAUAAGCAAAAGUUCGAAACCGGAAGUUUCCAGUACGACUGGAACCAUAAAUACCCCUUUGAUACAGCGCAAGAAAGAGGUCGUCCAUGACCGAUCCAAGCGGAACUUCAUCUUCAUGAGCGCCAACGAAACAGUAGAGCUUGACGAGGCAGAUCUUACCAGCAGUACUUCCUCCAUAGCGUCCCAAACAUUUGUCCGACCAGCCGGGAGAGCUGGCAACACUGGCACUAUCCUUGAAGCGAGCGAAGAGGGUACGCUAAUCGAUAACGACGAACACGAACGCGAACGUGACGACGGUGAUGACGGUCGUAGUACGAUUCUGAACGCGCACGAUAACGAAAGUGAUAUCAGUGAAUUCCUCAAAGAGGAAGCUCGUGCAUCGAAAGAUGAUUAUCAAGAUUAUCGGGAAGCUGCUGCUGAGCGCAAUUGUGAUACUGAUGCUGAUGUUCAUUCUCGAAAACGUGCUGAGAUUAUUGGUCACGGUGCAGCACCAAGAAGCACUGCUGUGAAGGUCAGAGAGAUAGGCGAAGGACAAUUCCCACUGAAGAAGCAAAUCGCGCGAAAGGGUAGCAAUGCAAGCAGUAGUGCAGUUAGUGUUUCCGCUGAUAGUACCGACAGUGAAAGUGUUUUCGUAGACGGUCAGGAUAAUUUCGCGAGUGAUGAAAAGAACUUGACGAAAGAGGAAAUUUUGAAGAACGAAGAACGGUUGGAUGAAUACAUAUCAAAUUUGCUGGUCGACAAUUUGAAUAAUUUGCUGGAUACGAAAGAACUCAUUACCAAUGGUUUUGCAAACUCUGACCAAAAGAAUAAUAACCAAAGUAUAGAAGAAAUCAAAGCGAAAGAUCAAACGGAUAGUGACACGCUAGGUGCCGAGGUGAUGAAGCACAAAGGGACUGAAAAGUACAUAGGAGGGGGCGGUGGAGUGGUGUGCAAUUCCCCUCCGGAUUCGAGUAGCAAACUCAAACAGCAUCAGAACACCACGGACAAGGAUAGCGAAAAAGAAAAUGAAGACUCAAUGAAUAACAAUCGCUCUGAUGAAGGCGCUAAAAUUUCAAUCAAUUACGUACGUAAGAAGAAAGGUCUCGGCGAGAAGCAGUCAAACUCCAACGGCUUCUACCUCGCAUCGAGAAAUGGCUCGCGAGAUUCAGAUGGACUUCCGUCGGAAAUCGACCUGAAUGGGAAGUACUACUUUCCAUCCUACGGUAUCGAGGCAGAUCCCUCUGAUCACACCGAUAUUGCAUCGGAGCCCGAAGUUCAAAUAAUCAGUAAGAUUGGAUUGGGGUCUGUCUAUCGAGAGAACGCCAACGGGAGAUGUACAAUAGUUCCUCGCAUAUCUGCGCUCCCACGAACGGAAUCAAUGGAAGUGCAACCCUCAUCAAACUCCGCUGAAGAAUUUGACGAUCUACCGGAAAAUAAUGGGUCCGAUUCGGAUACGCCAAGCCUUGUAGACAGCCUGGACGAAGUAGAAAUAACUCCGCGGAGAAAACCCGAACGAAGGAAGUCUCGUGCAACGCCAUCUCCUGCUCCUGUAUCGACAACUCCAGCCGCUCCCACCGCUGAAUCGACUACCAAAUCCGAGUCAACCAGUUCGGACAAAUCACCGCGACACGAAAAAGGCGAAGCGUUUUUCGUACCCAUACAGGAUACAACUGUGAUAAUCGACGAGCACAUUGUAGUUGCCGAUACGAUGCCCUUGAGGCUCAAGGAGCGAUUGAACAAUCGUCAACGAUUGAUGAUCUGGAGGAAAGAACAGGAAAAUCUCAAGAAGCAUCGUAAGGCGAUGCGAUUGAUCGAGCAGCGCAAGUUCUAUGGAGAACCAGCUAUUCAAGUGAUCAGUACCAUCGAUCGAGCAAUCAGUCGGAAAGAGUACAUUCCCCCGGCAGAGAAGAAGCGAGUUUUCGGACAAGCCCCGACGUUUACUCCCAAAACACCAAAAGCGAAGAAAAAAAGUAACGCUAUGCGCACGGAACUCGGCAUGCUCGAGUCGUACAAAAUCGAUGCCCGAGGGAAUAUGCAGAUUCAGAAUGCUGCAGCGGCUAGCACAUCAACCGGAAGUGCUAGCAGUUCGAAGAAGGUUUCCAAGAGCCCGUGGGGCCAAGCGGCUGAGCGUAGACAAAAAUCCAGCAGCGACGCACAAUCUGCACCGGUAUCUUCCAAGUCUUCAUUCCAACCGACGACGGCUACGACAACUACGUCGUCAAAAACACCCAAGAAGACACCAAUUGAUGUCAGAAGAAAACACGUAUUGAAGGACGUCCAGCAAAUGACUCUGUACCCUCACGCUGAUCUCACUCCUGAUAUCGAAGGAGGUCCAAGGCGCGUAUACCAGAAAACAGAGAUUCAGGAAGGUGAUAAGCACAUAGAGAUCUUGGAAAUUGUGGAAUGUGCCGACAGUGCUCCUCGCAGAGUACCUCGGGUUAGAAGUGCCGGUAGUCGAUCAGGACAUAACAAAUCUCGCAUUCCUGUUCCUAUCUACAGAUGGGGGCGAUACAGAAGAAGUGCCUACUCUAGAGAAAAUAGCCCCCUGUCUACCUCUGGAAGUAAUCCUAAAGUAGAUCGCAUGAUCGCUGAUCUGCUGAUCGAAGCCUUGGCUAAUCCAGAUGACGUCGGAGUCAAGCUCAUUAAAUCUCCAGAAGAUCUGAAAGACAAAUCCAAACGAUCACCAUCGAAUCGUAAGAAUAUCGCCUCAAACAGCUCGACUCCCCGACGAUCGGCCAACAGUGGCAAAUAUACGCAGCGUUUCGAAGUAAUUCCGGAAGAAAGGAGCAGUGUUUCGAUCUCGUCAUCAAACGAAGAACUUUCCUCGGCUCGAAAGAAGCACGCUUCUCCACGUCGCGUCAGCUUCGAUGAACACCACAAAAUCCUCAACGUUGACGAAUUCGAACCGAAAACCUCUAAGUUAUCGACGAAGCCUGCCGCGUCACCAAAGCAAUCUCCGAAGCCAUCGCCCAAAAAGAGCGCAACAGCUCCAACUGCCACACCGUCACCAAAAACAUCUGCCCUGAAAAAGGGCUCAACCACCUCGAAUGCCCCAACCACCACCAGCCGGGGCAAGGCAGCCAUCCAAAGCGAUGUGGUCGAAGAAAAAGGCUGGAUAGGGUUCAGCACCCAGCACGAGGACGAAGCCACCCCAGUCAACGGCGCAGAUGAUGAAGACGUUCACCGUUCACCAGUUGUGGUGAACGGAGCACUAGAAGUCAAUGGCCAUCACCAUUCGAACCUAACCGCAAAACAGCAUGAGCGUAGAAAUAUUGUAAAAACCAUCGUAACUGGCAACAUUGCACGCAACAGUGAUAGCAGAGUUAUACGGCAUGACACCCAGAAUCACAUUGUUGAUCACUUCCAUCACCAUCAAAGUGUAAAUAUCAGUGUUACACCGGCGACAUUGACCUCUGGGUCAGUAGUGUCUGUUGAUCAUAUAAGGUCGACUGCUGCUACAGUCGGAUCGAACAAUAGUUGCAACAACGAUUCCAUGUUAAUGGUUGGACAAUCUAUGCGUAGUAAUGGCAACCAGCUAGCAAUUACAACCUACUCCAACGGAUGUAACCGUAAACUGACCAGUGGUGAAUUUUCAGACGAAUCCUGUUUCACCGACAGUCUCAAUGUGAAACCUUCACCACAAAUACACGAAGAAACAAUGUCUCGAUCCCGUGAACUCGCCAUCCCAGUGCAGAUCGAAAAAGAAAUAAUGUCUGCCAAGCACGGAGGUCACAACGCCAACGAACUGAAAUCCACGGCCGAAUCAGUAAAAGAGGUAAACGUAGACAACCCUUGUGAUUGCAGCGAAUCAUUGUAUCCCUAUCACCAGAUUCGAGAGGAAAAUGCAUGGCAUGUCUACGAAACGGCCGAUUGUAAGGUUAUACAGUCCAAGAUAGAGUACUACGAAACGUCUAUCCACCGGACACCGCUCACAGAUAACAACCAUCAAAGCUUAUUCGGUCAACUAACCGAUAGAUCACCUGGAUCGCUACGAUCUGCCAUUUUGAAUGCUACUUUUGACAACCAUGAACUUGUACGGCACGAACUGAAACCAGAUGAUCGGACAAACCUCACAUCAUCCGACACACUCGAUAGCCACCAUAUCCCCGCCUCUAUAGCAAUAAGAACUCCAGCGAUUAGUGAAGAAGCCCCAAAAACUUCAGAAACUUGUAGCAGUUGCUGUUUCUGUAACCCCGAGCUACACAAACACAACGGAAACCCAUCUGAAACAUGUUUCUACUGCCAAGCUAAAGCACAAACUCCAAGUAAAACCUUCCCUGCCCCUCCAACCCCACCCAACAUACAAAUGUCUCCUGUUCCUCCCUCUCCCAAAACGCCAAUCAUGGAACUAACUCCAACCCCUUCCCUGCAAGAAAUCCCAAUCCCAUCUAACAAAACUCCACAACCACAAAAACCUCAAGACCCUUCUCCGCCAAACCCUUCGAAACAAACUCCCAAACACGUCCCCGUCGAACCCAUCCCCACACACGGCAUUAGUACCGCAUCGACCUCAAUCAACGGCCUGUACACCGAGACUACCAAAAAGACUGACCACACCCACACCAAAACCAAAAUCAAAACCUCAGACACUGUCAGUACAAAAUGCUCCACCACCAACGAAAAGAUCAAACGCUCCUACGUGCCAUCUACCGGCGACUCGGAAAAACUAGAAGAAGUCUCCAAAAAGCUCACCCGUAAAAAGUCCGAAACCACCGUGUUGAAUCGACCCAAGCACGUAAACAGCCUCAAUCGAGCGUCCAGCGUCGUGCACUCAGUUCAAAAGGAGGUCCAAAACCAGCUCAAAACCCCCAUCAAGAUUGUACCCAAGACAGCCAAAGAGCUCAGCAACCGUAAGGAACGGGACAAGCAGAUCACCUUGAAUCUGCCCCUGGAAAGCGAGUCCCCUAAGAAGCAUUCCAAGUCCAAAACCACCCUAGGAUUUGAGAAUGUCCCCAAACCCUCAUCUAAACCGCCCUGUGCUUCCUCGCAGAGCUACGAUGAAACCACGUCCUCAAGCUCAACAGAAUCCAGUCAGAACUCGAGUCCGUUCAAGAAGUGUGCUGCGCUACCGCCGGCGGCAACGCGCUGGAAGCACAAUAGCGAACGGAACCUCACCCAGCUGACCAUGCAGAAGAUCACCGCGGCAAGCAAAUGGGGCAACAAGUGGCGGAAAGCUGCCCGGCAGCACGAGAAUGAUCCCUCCUUGGCGGAGAGUACUCUGAGUCCUAUCCGAAGGCGACCAAGUGCAUCGCAGGCGUUGGACGAGUUAACGGGGGUGAGUGACUCACCGGUAAAGGUACCAACCGAGCGGACGCUGAACGGAGCGAGUGCAACGACGGCAGCAACCACAACGACGGCGCCAAGUGCAGCGGCUAUGCUGGCGGCACCCAGCAUCUUCAGUGGAAUCACCCAGUGCACGACCAAUCAAGGCUGGACGGUUACGGUGGCCGGAAACUACAACCCGGAAAUGGCGCCAGAUGUCGAGAUGAAGCUAAGCUUUCCCAAGCAAGGCAAUGCAUCGACCGGUAGCCAAGCCCUGGCCAGCGCAAGCAACAGGCGUACCAGCCAUCCCGUCGGCAACCCCAGCGGUCCCGAAACUAGUCAUCAGUCCAGUGCCAUCGCCGGCAAUCGAAAGCAAUACAUCGAGGAAGCCCAUCACAUUCCGGGUCGAGGCUAUGCUGGGGUGCAGGAUGAUGACAGCUACGGCGGAGUUAGCCGGGGUACGGCACGAGCGGCCUUACCGCCUUCAACAGGUUUGAACCCCAAGCGAACGCUGUCUCGAUCGGAUGGAACCGCAGGCGGCAAAGACUAUCGUCUUCCAAACGUUGGCACCGCGAACAACGUUACGGGAAGACAGAACGCAAAGAAAGCUAUUAAGCAGACAAUGGAAUGUAGCGUCGUGGCAUCCGCUACAACGAGAACCGUCGCCAACAAGUACCACAUGCUAUCCCAUCAACAUCAGCAGCAACUACACGAUCAACAGUCGUCGUAUCCCUCUCACCAUAACUAUAAUCCGUCUUCCUCAUCCUAUCACCACCAGCAGCAACAAUCAUCACCCUCAAUAGGAGCGACAGCAACGGCAACUGGUGGCGGAAUCCGCGGCGUCGGCGGAAGUAGACCACGUGCUACGUCCAUCCAAUCACUCCAUCCCUCAUUGCAAAAUGGCGGCGGUGGCAAGUACCCCUCAUCCAACACCACACACCAGCCGCGCUAUCAUGAUCAGCCUCCAUCCUUAGACUACGGAAAUAAUUCCUACACCAACCGGCGGAUGUCGCUGGAGAGUCCGCACGGUGGCCCCGGUCCCGUUGACCAUUUGUCCGUGAUGGGUAAUGCAAUCGCACCGGAACAUAAGCCGAAGGUACCCACGAUGAGCGAGCGGGAUCUCACGCGAAGGCAUCAUCCGUGCUACACGCGCAACAUGCCGUACUUUUCAUAAGCAAGAAAAGGGGAAAUCCGUUGCAGCAGUGUAAAAUCUACUUUCUGGUAUUGUGAAUCUAAAUAUAGGCA